AUGCACUAUUCGAUGACAGCAUUUUCCAAGGAUAGAACGAUUCCAACAAUAAUACCUAUGGAUCCCCAUGUGGAGAUUGGCCAAAGGAAUCACUUAUCGCAUUACGACACACAAAAAUUGUUGAUCACUUACAAGUGCAACGAUAUUACAGAACCGGAUAAGGAGAAUAAGAAAUACACUUUCACGCCAAAGAGGAACAAAGUCCAUCAACAUAAAUUGCCAGCAGAGAACGUUCCAUGUAAAAUAGAGGAGAAAACAGAAGCUAUACUAACUAUACAGAAUCGGAUAGCAAACAAAUUAGAAGAUAGCAACCACAUUGAUUUCGGGACACUGUCUGGAGAUGAUCAAAAGGCAUAUAUCAAGCACAAGUAUCGCGUUCGAUCGAAUUAUUAUCCUCUGCCUCUGAUUUAUUCCCCGAUAUAUCCGCAUAUUCAUUUCCACAUUCAUAACAAUUGA